UCUCUGUGCUCUCAAUGUCCCACCUUGCGCGGCACUUUGUGCAUUUCAAAGUCCUCCCUCAAAGAAGCUACCUUUGCUGAGCGCCGUCACCCUGACCGAAGAUGAACGACCCCGAGGAAAACGUCAUCUCGACUCACGAGAUGGCGACUACUACAACUACUCCCUCGAAGCCUCUUUCAUGGUCGCGAAAUCACCGAACGUCGUGUGACUCGUGCAAGCAAAUGAAGAUAAAAUGCCAAAGAACGGACGAUGGAAGUUGCUCGCGAUGCAUUGCUCGACAACUACCCUGUACUACGACGCCGGUGGAGAGAAAGAGGCGAAGAGUGACCAAGUACUGAAAAGUCUAGUUGCAUAUAUAGUUGGGUGGAGGCUGAUUUUGACAAAAGCAAGGGAGAGGCAUACUUCAGUGAAAUGGAAGACCGAAUCAAACGCAUGGAGUCUGCUCUAAUUACUUCUCGGUUACAUGCGACAACAGAGCCAGUAGAAUGGAAGGAAGAGGAGA